CGACCUAGAGAAAAGCAAGAAGCCUUAAACCUGCAUUCUUCAUCAUCGGCAACAAAAUUAACUUUGAGAUUUUGAAGGGCCAAUUAGGUUAGCAAUGGAUAGGAUGAGUCUGUUGCCAGAUGACUUGAUCUUUAAGAUACUCUCGUUUGUUCCAUCGAAAGUUUCAGUGUCCACAAGCCUUUUGUCAAAACGUUGGUGUUCACUUUGGAAACACGUUCCAAAUCUUAGGUAUUUCGAUCCACAUCAUAUUAACAGUGAAUACUGGAGAGCUUCACGUUUUAUCGACAAGUUUUUGCUACUACGUGACCCCCAUGUAUCUCUAGAUUCUAUGCAUCUAUAUAUUAGUCAAAACUGUCCUCCCACAGAUAUUGAAACAUGGGUUGGUAUUGCAGUUUCUCGUGGUGUGCGCGAUCUUCUGGUUCUCCGGUGUAGACCAUGUUUCAGGCCCAUACGGUUGCCUAGGAGUUUGUAUACAUGUGAAACCCUUGCGACUUUAAGCCUAGAACAGGCCAUCAUAGUUGAUGUUCCUUUGAAUAUUUGCUUCCCGUCACUCAAGAGCUUGUCGCUUAUAUUUGUGGAGUUCCCUAGCGAUGAAACCGUUCAUCGGCUUCUAUCUGGUUGUUGUGUUCUUGAAGACCUAAAAGUGGUUCGGUGCGGCCAUGACAAAGUGAAAACUUUCAAAAUUAUGGUUCCUUCACUGCAAAGAUUAACACUCGAGGAUCUUUUUCUAUAUGGAAAUCCAGUUCCAGGACAUGAUGUUGGGUUUGUGAUCAAAGCUCCUUGUUUAAAGUCGUUAGCGAUUACUAGCCGCUUUGGUUGGUUACAUUCACUGGUGAAAAUGCCCUACCUGGUGAAGGCUAACAUAUUUCUUAAGCAUGGAGAUUCUAAGAAUCUUCUCGGAUGUGUUACCUCAGCCAAACACCUAUCCUUAUGUGUGAAACAGGUUUUUUAUCCAAUAGGGGACUUCAAUGAGCUCGUGUCUCUUAAAGUCUGUACAUGUUCUUUAAUGUUGUAUCGUCUUAUACUCAGACGUGCACCUAAACUCCGCUUUCUCAGAUUCCAAGGUCUAGCAAAUUUUCUUCAAACUCCCUCCCUAAAUGAUCUUCAGAAAUGUUACAGCAGUUCCGGACAAGUCCAGAGUGAAUGGGAGGCACCGAGUUCUGUUCCUGAAUGUUUGAUUUCGAGCCUCGAAACUGUCGAGUGGGAUGAUUACGAAGGAACAGAAGCAGAGAACAAAGAGGUUUUGUAUUUGGUAGAUAACUCUGGAGGACAGCUACAGACAGUGGCUGUUACACUCUCAAACUCAGACACCACUAGGGGAAAGAGACACAUGAUACUGGUAGAGCCUAAACGAAGGAGUUCUAACAAAUAACGGCUCAAAGAUAUAUAAUUUUUAGUCGUUUUUAUUAUUCUUGGAGCACUAUUUUAGUAGUUACGUUGUUUUGAUUGAUGGAGCGCAAACUUUGUUUUCAGAAUUCUGAUGAACAAUUUUUUAAAAAUAUUUAAUAGAUUUUUUGUUGUUGUCUGACCAUGAUGAACGGUUCUACUUUUAAAUGUUUUGACCAAGCAGGAAGGUUAUAACCGAAACAGAAAUGCUGCCUUGCGAAUCAAG